CGACUUAAAGGUCGAGCUAAUCUCACUUUGAACGUAAAAAGUGUAACUCAGUGCCGCUGUUCGACGAUUCUGUCGGUACGAUAUAGUUUUACUCGAAGAGUUAAAUAUUACAAAUUUUAGGAGGGAUUAAAUAUUAAGAUAACAGUCGAAAGAUUAUAUUUAAUUAUACAGCUAACCGGAGGGCGAAAGUGAAUUUAGGUUAGGAUUCGUUAGAGAAAACUUUCGCAGUCUUGUUUCCGUUCUGCGAUAACAGAAAACUUGUAUUAAAGUAGAAAAACAUGACAGACAGUUCGGACGACGAAUUAAAUUGUGGCGACGAUAACGAGAAAACGUCGUGGAUUUUGUACAAAGAUCGCGAUGAGUGGAGUGACGUGACUCCUUUACCCCAGGACGACGGUCCUCAUCCUGUUGUAUCCAUUGCAUACUCCGAAAAGUUUAAGGACGCCUACGAUUAUUUCCGUGCCAUUCUAAAGUCGGGUGAAAAGUCUGAACGUGCGUUAGCUUUAACGGAAGCCUGUAUAUGGCUUAAUCCGGCCAACUAUACUGUAUGGCAAUACAGAAGGGAGAUACUUAAAGCUCUGGCGAAAGACUUACAUGAGGAGCUACAAUAUACAGAUCGGAUGAUAAAAUACAAUUCUAAAAAUUAUCAAGUUUGGCAUCACAGAAAGAUCAUUGUCGAAUGGCUGCAGGAUCCUAGCGAGGAGUUGGCGUUCAUAGAAACUGUUUUAUGUAAAGACGCGAAGAAUUAUCAUGCUUGGCAACAUCGUCAGUGGUGCAUGCAAACUUUUAAUUUAUACGAUAAGGAAUUGGAAUACGUGGAGCAAUUGUUAAAUGAUGAUGUCCGCAACAAUUCCGCUUGGAACCAACGCUAUUUUGUAAUAAGUAAUACAACAAAGUUCGAGCAAGAAGUGAUAGAUAGGGAGGUAGAUUAUACGCUGGAGAAGAUUGAGUUGGAAAAAGGAAAUGAGAGUGCUUGGAACUACUUAAGGGGAAUACUGUCGCAACAUGGCAAAGGCUUAGGUUACAAUGAAAAAGUAAGACAUAAAUGUGAAGAAAUGUAUAAAGAAGGAUACCGCACUAAUCAUUUGUUGGCCUGUAUGAUUGAUAUUUGCCAAGAGAGAUGUCCAUCUGAUGAAAUCCCGUCCCCUUUGUUUCAUGUUAAUUUUGCACACCAGCUCUGCAAGGAUUUAUCGAAAAAAUAUGAUACAAUAAGAUGGCGGUAUUGGGAUUAUGUGGCCAGCCAGCUAGCGAUAAAAUUGAAAACAGAGUCUACAGAAUAAGCGAUCUACAGCAAUCCUAAUAGUGUGAAUUGUUCAAAAAAUUUUAGAUAAUGUUUUAUAUGUCAAUCUAUGAUUGGUAUAUUUUGGCCUCUUUUGCCUACACAAGUACGUAUAUUGCAUAUUAACUGCAAAAUUUCUCAAUUUGUACAAUUUCUUUAUAUAAAAGAAAAAAAAUUACAGCAUUUAUAAUUUAAAUAUAUAUAACUAAAAUUUGUUAAUUGUAUCAAUUAAGUUCCGGAAUUAUAUGAAGCAAAAUGGUGAAACUAUUAGACUAUAUAAAAUUUAUUAUGCCAAUAUUGUUAAUUUAAAUAAAGUAAUCUUUAUUAUCAUGCA